CAUUGACAAUUGUUAAUUAAGAAAUUUACAAAACACUAGCGAGGAGCAUUAAAAAUUGACACAAGUUGCUUACAAGAUUGUUAUCUUUUGUGAUUUUAAGUUCCAAUAGAACAAACACAUUAUUAAAACCUUAGCUUAAAUAUAGUUAGCACUUUUACAUUAAAAUGGCUUUAGCUUUACAGAGACGCGCGAAUGUCCGAUUGCCUCCUGAAGUAAAUAGGAUACUUUAUGUGAGAAACUUACCAUACAAAAUAUCAGCUGAAGAAAUGUAUGAUAUAUUUGGAAAAUAUGGUGCAAUUCGACAAAUUCGAGUCGGAAACACGCCGGAGACAAGGGGAACAGCAUUUGUUGUGUAUGAAGAUAUAUUUGAUGCAAAAAAUGCAUGUGAUCAUUUGUCUGGAUUCAAUGUAUGCAACAGGUAUUUAGUUGUAUUGUACUACAGAUCAAACAAAGCCUUCAAGGGAAUGGAUAUAGAGAAGAAGCAAGAAGAGAUAGACACAUUGAAAAAGAAAUAUGGUAUAUCAAGUGAAGAUCUACGUAAAUAAUAUAUUAUUAUUUCUUGUUUUCAAUGUCAUAUAACAUUUAUUCUGGAGGUGGCCAGUUGAGCUACAAAAAGGGAUUUCAUGGAAAUUAUAUUGAUUUAUCUAAACUUGGACCUAAGAGAACUAAGCACUUCUGUAACUAGAUCUAUUUGUCUUACCAUUUCAGAUAGCAAGUC